AUGGCAUCUGAGUCAUUUGAAUGUAAUGUUAGCCAGUACUAUGGUUCUGAUGAUGUACCAAUUGAUUUUGCGAUUUGGAUACAUAAAUUCACCACUGAAGCUAUCUUUCAAUUGGUUGUUGGAGUAAAAGUUAGCGCAAUGACAAAAUAUUUUAAUGAUAACGUAGAAUUAUCAAAGAGAAAGUAUAUUGAGCCAAGUCAUAUAGAUGAAAAAAUUAAAAAUUUUGAUCAAAUCAUUGAUACUCGUCUAAGAAAUACAAUAUUUCUCUUUACAGUCCCGGCUUUUUUAAGGCAAACAAUUUUUAAAAAAAGGAACGAUGCAAUGCAUGAGAAUAGAAAUAUGACCCAAAGAAUUAUAACGAAAAUUAUUGAUCAUCGUCGAAAAGAAAUUGAAGAUCACAAGGAAGUAAAAAGUAACCUGUUGACAUUAUUAAUCACAGCCAAUACUGAACAUGUUGAUGGGGAAUAUUCUAAACCUUUAACCAAUGAUCAUAUUUCUCAAAUUCUAAUUGAGGCUAUUACUGGAGGAAUUGACACAACAGCAAAUUUAUUAUGUUUUAUCGUAUAUCAUAUGGCUCAUUACCCUAAUGUAUUAGCUCGCUUGCGAGAAGAAUUAAAUACCAUUUUUGGUUCUGAAAAAAAUCGUCAAAUUACGAUGGAAGAUCUUUCAAAAAUGCAUUAUACAGAAGCUAUAAUCAAAGAAUGCUCUCGUCUUAUAAAUCCCUCAAAAUUAGUUCAACGUAACUCUUCCUCCAAAGACACUAUGAUCGAUCGUGAAUGGCCUGCAAAUACUGCAUUCAUA